AUGAGCACCUUGGCAUAUGCAGAACAUGAUGCAGUUGAACUGGUGAGGCAGCUUUUCCUGGCAGGCUCAGACACAACCACCACCUCCCUCUACUGGGCGCUUCUGUACAUGGUGAUGUACCCUGAGAUACAAGAGCAAGUUCAAGAGGAGUUAGAUACUGUUCUGGGCUCAUCCACCAGCAUCUGCUAUGAGGACCGGAAAAUCUUGCCCUUCACCAACGCAGUGCUCCAUGAAACCCAGAGACACAGCAGCCCAAAUGCGGUGGGAACUGUGCACACGUGUAGCCGGGAUACGACCAUUCGAGGGUUCCCUGUUAGCAAGGGCACCAUCGUACUUCCAAACUUAUUCUCUGUCCAUUAUGACCCUGAGAAAUGGGAGACGCCACGCAGGUUCAACCCGGGUCACUUCCUGGACAAGGAUGGGAACUUCGUGAACAAAGAUGCUUUCCUAAUCUUCAUGGCAGGGGUCCGCAUGUGUCUGGGGGAGAAGAUGGCAAGAGUCACCCUCUUCAUCUCCUUUGCCACCCUCCUGAAGACAUUCAGAUUUCGACUGCCAGAAGGGGUGAAGGAAAUAAAUGUUGAACGCCUUCCGGGAAUCAUUGCUCAACCUCAACCAUUCAAAAUUUGUGCUGUUCCUCGCUAG